CAUACUUCCUUUCUCUACCUUUGUGACAUACUUCCUGUUUCUAACCCUGGUGACAUACUUCCUUUCUCUUACCCUGACCCAGAUGGCCCUGCCCUCUCACUGGACAUCAGUCAACCAGCUGCCAACCCAGCUGCCCUCGCCAUGGCCAUCCUCAGCUCCGCCAAAUCCAGACGCAGAGCCAGCAGCAACCCUCAAGUGCCACUGGUCAUCAUUAGCCAGCCGCUGCGAGAACCAAUCACAGGCCAGAGUGUCAUCAGCCAGCCGCUGCCUGGGCCAGUCGCAGACGAGAGCAGCCCAGCCCCCCAGGUACCGCCAAAGAAACUGGAUCAAAGUGGUGCAGAGCUUCAGACUGAGGUGGUGUUAGAAAUUAACCAGAUGUCUUCAGAUCCUGAAGAGUCACCUGGAGACGUGACAUCACUUCCUGUGGCUCAUGAGCUGCCCACAGAUGAAGACCCGCCCUCAGCAGAGGCGGAGCCAGCUGUUGUUGUUGUUGAAACUGAAAUAAAGAUGGAGGCUGUCCAACAGAUGCUCACCGACAGCAGACACGCUGAGACACCAAGGGAGACACCGGCAGUGACACCGACAGCGUGGAGCGAGGAGGAGCAGAAGGAGCAGGAGCGGAGGAGGAGGAGGGAGCUUUACAAAGACAAGCGUUUCUUCUGUGAGCUGUGUAACAAAGGUUUCCAUCAGAAACACCAGCUGAGGAAACACGUGUCAUGUCACCUGAAGCCGUUUCCCUGCAGCUCCUGCGACAAAGGUUUCUACAAGGCCAAGAGUCUGCAGAGACACCAGCAGAGUCACCAACUGAGGGAGGCUCAGGAGAACGACCCCGACAAACUGCUGCGCUGCGACCAGUGCGACAGGAAGUUCAGGCUGCUGCGCCAGCUCAGAGUCCACCAGGCGUCACACCGGCUGGAGAAAAUGCCGCUCAAGUGCCACGUGUGCGAGCGCACCUUCACCUCGGCCGGCGCACUCAGGUACCAUGAGGUGUCGCAUGCCCAGGUCAAGCCCUUCAUGUGCGACGUCUGCGGGAAGGGCUUCACCAGGAAGAAGAGCCUCCGUGAGCACCAGACCGUCCACACCGGUGCCCGGCCAUACCCCUGCCCCACCUGCGGGAAGAGCUUCUCCACCGCCAGCAACCUGCGCGUCCACAAGAGGUCGCACUCGGAGGAGCGGCCGUACAAGUGCUGCGAGUGCGACAAGGCCUUCAAGUGUAAGAUGGGUCUGCUGCAGCACCGAGUGGUUCACUCCGGAGAGAAACCCUUCAUGUGUCAGACCUGCGGACUGAGCUUCGGCCUCAAGUACAACUUCCAGAGACACCUGCGCCUCCACAAUGGCGAGAAACCCUUCAGGUGUGAUAAAUGUGGCGAGGGUUUCACGGGAACGUGGGCUCUGAAGACCCACAUGCUGGUUCACGGCAUGGAGAAGCCGUUCAUGUGCGACCUGUGUGGGAAGACCUUCUUCUACAACUGUCAGCUGCAGAAGCACCAGCAGCUGGUCCACAACAGCAACAAGGAUGGACAGGCGGCCGGAGGUGUGGCGGGUAGACGGCGACAGGGCGCGGUUAAGCCCUACAGCUGUAAGAUCUGCCUGAAGAGCUUCAGCAGCAACACCACGCUGAGGACGCAUGAGAAGAGCCACGCCGAGAACAAAGAGUUUACCUGCGACACCUGCGGAAAGUCCUUCCAUCUGCGCCACCUGUACCUGUACCACAUGAGGCAGCACAGCGGCGCCCGGCCAUACGUCUGCAAUGUCUGCGACAAAGGUUUCCUGCUGACAUGGCAGCUGAAGCAGCAUGAGCUCCUGCACACUGGCGUCAAACCUCACAAGUGUCAACAGUGUGGCAAAGAGUUCAGGACUCCGCAGAACUACCACCGCCACCUGCUUGUCCACACCGGAGAGAAGCCCUACGAGUGUGUCGUGUGCGGCAGGAAGUUCAGGCAGUCCAACCAGCUCAAGUCUCACAUGCAGAUCCACACUGGCGUCAAGCUAUAUGCCUGCGAGCGCUGCGGCCAUGGCUUCUCCGACUCACGGCAGCUGAAGAAACACCGCUGUGGAGAGGACUUCCAGAGCAGCGAGCCUGGCGGCAGGCGCAGGAAGCAGAAGAACGCCUUCCCCUGGACCGAGGGCUUCACGCACGAGUGACAUCAUCAAUCGUUAAGUCACACGGGUCUGUGUGUUAGCUUAGCUUAGCAUAAAGACUUGAGGUGGGGGGAAACUGUUAGCCUAGCUUAGCAGAAAGACUGAGGCAGGGGGAAACUGUUAGCUUAGCUUAGCAGAAAGACUGGAGGCAGGGGGAAACUGUUGGCUUAGCUUAGCAUGAAGACUCGAGGUGGGGGGAAAACUGUUAGCCUAGCUUAGCAUGAAGAUGACUAGCAGGGGGAAACUGUUAGCUUAUCUUAGCAUGAAGAUGACUAGCAGGGGGAAACUUAGCCUAGCUUAGCAUGAAGAUGACUAGCAGUGGGAAACUUAGCCUAGCUUAGCAUGAAGAUGACUAGCAGUGGGACACUGUUAGCGGGGCUCAGUCCAGAGUUCUGAGUGAUAAAACCAGAGACGUGUUUCUUGUAUCGAUCCAGAGACAUGAGAUAAAUAUGUUGAACUAUUCCUUUAAAUGAAUCUUCUUUACUUUUAAUAUUUGAAAACAAAAAACAGACUUUAAUGAAACAGAAGAUAACAUUGUUUAUAGUUUGACUGAAGAAGAAAAAACUUUGACUUCUGUUUGUUUAAAUGUUUCAGCUUCACUGUUUUACUGUCGGAUUAAAGGGCUGUUACUCAAAUGA